GGACACUGAGCCAACUUCACACGCCUGCGCUCGGGAAGGUCUCGCGGGAGGAAUUCGUUGCCCCUGCAACAAUCGUGCCCCGACGGUCUCGGUGACACAAAUCGCCGAAGAAUGGUGACGACGGGGUGCUCACUGUUUCAGAGCACGGGCCUGGCGAAUGGCGCCUUGGGCUCCAUUUCUCAGCAGGCGCAGCAUUCGCAGCAUUUGAGGAAUGCUGCGAAUUUGCAGCUUCCCCGUCGAUCAGAGCUGCGCAGCUGCGGAGUCAGAGCUGCGGCCGCUCCUUCCGUGGGCACGGGAAGGGAGAAGGACAGAGGCAAGAGGAGGAGCAAGGAGCCGCGAGAAGAGCGAGCUCCUCGUUCGGACGUGCUGGAAGAGGACAUUUACACCAUCGAGGAUGGCUGGAGUGUUCACAUCGACCCCGCGGAAGAGAUGAUUGAAAUUGCUGGAGUGCAAGUGCCCGUGCGUCUCAAGCAGCAACUCCAAAACGAGCGGCGAAGCAAUGCCAGGAAUCGGGCCUCAGACAAAGCCGCAGCACCAGUUGCAGCACCGAGGCUGACUCACAAGCUGCUGCGCGUCAUGGCAGGAAGUGUGGCCGGGAAGAAGCUGACGUCCUGCGCAGACUUGAAAGUGCGCCCGAUGAUGGAAGUCGUGCGCGGGGCGGUGUUCAACAUUCUACACUCGCUCAGUGGAUGGUCGGCUAGCACGCCCUCGGGCAGAUGGCUCGACCUGUACAGCGGGACGGGCUCUGUGGCCAUCGAGGCUCUCAGCAGGGGUUGUUGCGAGGAAGCUCAUUUCGUCGAGAUGGACCCCUGGGUCAUAACGAAUGUGCUGCAGCCCAAUUUGCAGGAGACGAAUUUCGAUAUGCAUUCUACAAUUCACACCUCGAAGGUCGAGAGUUUGCUCCAACAAGCGGCCGACCGUGGCGCCGAUUACUUGGGAGGUGGAUUCGACUUCGUCAGCGUCACUCCCCCGUACGAGGCUGUCUCAUACACGGCGUUGAUGGCUCAGUUGGCCGUGUCACCACUUAUCACAGAUAACACUUUCAUGGUCGUUGAGUAUCCAAUCAAGUCUAAGCAUGAAAUUCCCGACACUUGUGGCAAACUUUACAAAGUUAGGGAUCGAAGAUAUGGACGAACCUUCGUUGCCAUAUACGGGCCCGAAUGGGUUGAAAGGGACUGAUUGCUUCGGUGAAUUUCAUUCCGAAGAAUACUUAGUUUUGUAGAUAUAGGCUCGUUGUAGCAGCUAGUUAGAGAUUCACUGCCAGCCAGAGUGAACACUAUAUUGUUCUUAAGAUGGUGACCCUGUUUUUUUUCGUGGAGUAACCAUCUCCUGCAGCGAAGAUUUCGUGCAACUGAAUGAGUGAAGAUGACUGCAAGAGUACCAACGUGAGUUUUUGGCAAAUCAUCUCCCACAGUCUGGAUCACCGUUUUCGCUAUUCGCAGGAUCUUUUGUAUACAGCCGCAGGGAGUUCAUAUUUGAGACUGCUGAGGAAGGAAUGCAGCUGAGUUCGAAGGAGUUAUGUUGUCAUUGAGAUGAUUAGUACACGACAACAUUGGGCGUGGUUUUAAGCACAAUCUGAGAGUACUUGCUCAUCAUAUUCAUGAGGAAUUUCGUUAUCCGACUUCACAGUGUUCUCAUUUAACUGUGCUACUUGCCAUGCAUCUUAGCUUACAGCGGAUCAGGUGAGAUCUGACUGUGCAAAGUUGGUAAGCUUGCAGACGAUGAAGUCAAACAAAGGGGAAUCGAGCAAAUGUUUCGACACAUUGUCCGACAUAAGAGACGUCAGGACACCGGGAAAGUAGUGAAGUGUAUUUGAUAUGGGAAAACCUGAUUGAAUUUAUACACUA